CUUUAUUUAUGCAUUAAUUUGGUAAAUUUGGGUACAUCAUGUCAUCAUUAUUUUUGUUGAAUUUUCUUUCAUUAUUUACUUAACCAAAACCUGUGGACAAACAAAACAUGACAUUUUUGGGCAGGCGUGCCAUGUCGUUUAUUUUAUACUGCCCUCGCAAGGGUGGUAUAUUAUCCAAAAAUAACAAAAAUGCAUUUGGGAAUUUGUCUGUAAAAGAACAAAAACUACCGUUUUGCAUAAUUAGAAACCUGAGCAAAGGCGAAACAGUAACAAGUCCAAGAAAAGUCUUCAACAGUUCAAGAAAAGUCGUCAAACGUUCAAAAUCGGUCGAGAAACAUGGUCUAUCUAUCGAAAAACAUUUGACCAACAUUGGGGUAAAUGUGGAGGGAAUACAGAAAGAAAUGAAAUUGCCUUUGACAGAGUUACAGGAAAAAGUUGAAUCAAGUGCAGAAAUGUUAGGAGAGCUUUGUGGGCUGGAUGUAACAGCUGUUGGUCACAUGGUCUCGAAGCGCCCUCGGAUAUUGUUACUUAACGAAAGGCAGAUAGUGCAUUGUGUUGAUACGUUGAGAAACGUUGGUUUGGAAUAUCAGAAUAUUGCAACAAUGUUGAAGAAAUCUCCUGGGAUUUUGACGUCAAAAAUUGAAUACAAUUUGGAAGAAAAGGCAAGAGAUGAUUGUGUCAAACUCAGCACACUAGAUUAUGAACUUUUUAUACAAGACACUUUGAUUUAAAAUGCCGACAGACAGACACACUCACCAAAACAGGCACACUUGCUUGAACGGACGUAUAUAGUCAUUUCCCAAGACAUACUGCAGGCAAUUAAAUCUUUCCAAAAAUUUUUAUUCAACUGAACUCAUUCCAGAAUUCUAUUGAGAUCAGUAAAAAUGCUGAUACUGUACAGACAAAGAGAUAGGUGAGCAGGUACAAGCAGAAAAGGAGACAAACAAAUUAGCUAGAAAUAGAAACUUAGUUGAGUUUUAUUUCGAGGUCAGACCAAUACUGGACCAACUGUCCGAUAUAUUUUGUUAAAAUUAAGGCACAUUUACACAAUACAUCUUUACAUUCUUCCAUUUGUUCGAGUACAUAUGCCAAGAUAAGAAUCGUGUAGUCAUGUUGUGUAGAUGCAUGGGCUUUUAAAGACUUUAAAGUUACAGUAUCUCCAAUCAAAUUUUCCUUUUAUCUUUCUUUAGCUCGAAGUCUUAUAUAAUCUCAAAGUACAUCCUCCAUACUCUGUAAAAGAUGUCCUAAAGAUCGUCACAAAAUGUCCAAGCCUUGUUUCAACCUGCACGCCUGCAUCAGUCGAAGACAAGGCAAACUUUCUGCUGAACGACAUUGGUUUCUAUCGCCAUCAGCUGCACAAAAUAAUCAUUAAACAGCCAUCUAUACUAACAUUUAGCAAGGAAAAUAUCAAAAGCAAGUUUGAUUAUUGCUAUAGAGAAAUGGGUGUGUCAAUGCCUGAAAUUGCUCAAUGCCCUAGGCUUUGGCAGUGCUCGUUAAGACGUCUCGAAGAAAGGCACAAGUACCUACGACAUUUAACCAUUGUUACAAACAGAGUAGACGGUUAUCAAUUGGAGAGAAUUGUCACCUUAUCAGAUCACCAUUUUGCAGAAACUAUUGCUCUGACAAGCUUGACUGAAUUUCAGGCUUUCCUCACGGAGCAAUGAACAUUUGACCCGGACUAGAUGUCUAGAUAGUCAUAUUUGAUGCAACAUUUAUUCACAAAACUUUUUCAAACUAUAAAGGGAGAUCUAUUUUAUCAUUUUCACAUUCAAAUGCAGUUUUUUAAAAGUUCGGCUUCACAGGAAUUAUUACAACAUUUCAUGCUCGAGCGACCUGUUGUUGGCUAUCUAUCUGCACUCCCAAAAAUAUUAAUCUUUGAUAUUAUUUUACUUUACUAUUUAUGCAAUACUAAGUUAGAUUUCUCAAUGAUUUACAAAAUCCUCUUUGCUAUAAUUCAAAUAUGUUACAAAUAUUGUGUAAUGCAUGCUUGUGUUAUGAUACAACAGUGAGAUGGGUGUUUCGACUGUACAUUGGAAAAUGAAUGUAUACAAACGUCAGCCUUCAUCCUUGGGUGGUGUGAACCAACCU